GUUUAUUCAAAUUACGAACUUCCCUCAGCCCACCGCUACCUAGCAACCGCGGUUGCUUCUACGUAGGUCAUAUUCACUUGAAUUUAAAGGAACUAAAUGAAUACUGUGAUUGUCAAGGAGUAAAAUCUGCUUCUUCUCUAUACUUCUGACUGGCACUGCUGAGGUUUGGCUGUGUAUGCGUGGACUAAAUCAAACAGAAUUCGUUUUAAAGCUCUCAAAGGUGAGCCCAUUCAUGCGUUAAUUGAACUUCCGUAGUUUACAAAAAAUCGCGUCUGGAAAGAUUUGUUUCAUGUCGAGCUUUUGCCAAAGUAAUAUCUAAAUGAAGGCACAGUGCCUCUGUGAACUGGUCUGUCGGUGGACCUAGAAUAAAGCUAUUGAUCCAACAUAUUACCACCAGUGUUUCCAGCAUACCAGUUCGACGCAAAGUGGUUAUUGAAAGCCGAAACAGAUUGAUAAGAUAUCAACAGCAACCUCGGUAAAUGUGAAGUAUUCAAUUUACUUUAUUUUAUUAUAGAUCUUUUCUGUGUCUUCUUAACUACAUAAAUCGCCAGCUAACGCCGUGAGUUUAAAACGCACAUUGUCAUGAAAACCGUUGAAGCCUUUCGAAUAUUCGCAACUAACGUCAAAAUAAGGGCGACCCAUUCAAUUUUUUUCACCAAGAGGUCGUCGAGUUCAUUAUGCAUUUAUGGAUUCUCGACGCGAGCGGGCAAAGAAAUGACACUCGUUUGGCAAAUAAUUAUAUUAAUGGCUUUUCGGUAACCGUAUUUUGGUCCAUGAGCAGUUUAACUAAAACACGUAUGCCCGUAUUAACAAGACGCAACAAGCACGAGGGCAUUUAAUAUCCGUAGAUUUUAUUGCCCCAACGGGACGCUUUCAUAAAUAUCACAUGUUUAAUUUUAGGAGCAACUGGAUUUUGAACUUUCAGAAUUGUUCAUGUACAAGAUGGUACUUCGCACACAAUAAGCUGUCAUGAUGCCUGUUCAAUCAGGAUGUUUUAUAUCAAACUACAAAGAUAUGGCAAUAAAAUCCUUCAUCGUGGCGUCACAUUUUUGUGUUGCCUCGAGGGUUUUAAAUCCCUAAUUGACCUACGCGUUAUGAAACAGAGUUCGCGAUCGCUGACGACAAUUUAUCGUUUCUGAAUAAUCGCAAAAAAACGUGCAGAGAAAGGUAAUUGUGCUUACUGAUAUGGAAGGACACAGGAAAGAUAUUCUACGCGAUAAGAUUUCGACACCUAAAGUAUUGCAGAGCGAAUUGUUUGUUUACUCUGGGCACUGAAUGCGGAGAAUGCGGAGAAAAUUGGAUGAAUAAAUCAGAAUUUCUGUCCUCGACUUUGUUAUGUUUCGUGCGAAUUAAAGCUUAUCUAUCGUGUGAAGUUUGCACUAUAAGCCUUGUUGAUACUUUGACAAACGCAAAUGCAAUAUCAGAUGUUUUGAGCUGAGGACGCGCAAUUAGUCUUUGUAAAUUUUGACAAGCCGGUUGCUUUGCAGAUACGAUGCUAAGGUGUCUUAUUGACAAAGACACUCCAAGGCGAUUGGAUUUCCUGAGCUAUCAGUAAUUACAGCCUAGAUGCUUUGGUAGAUACAAUGACACGUGACUAACACCUAAAACAAUCAGGAAAAUCAUUAAGAGAGCGCCGCGAGUUUGACACAGAGGGCUGAACUUCUCGAGUGCAGCAGAAAUAUGGUAAGAUCUCCUUGCUCCCGUUUUCAAAGAUCGCUUGACUUAUCUGUGUAGCGUGUUACCAACUGUAUUUUUGUUUCUCUCGCAGUAUGGAUUCAUUCACUGUGCUCUAGCUGACUUGGUCGUUUCUAAGUUCGGCGAAGACGUUUGGCGAUCUAUCGUGUAAGGAGACAAUAAUAGCUUUUGGAACGCUUAAAUGGAUUGUAAGUGGAAAAGGGCCCUGUAUAGUGCAAUUAUAUUCUUUUUGUUUUUCUCUUCAGCGAGAAGGCUGGGGUAGAAUUGGACGGCGGAUCAUACCUUAUUCACAAAAUUUACGAUGAUGAGGAGACCUUGAGUUUGGUCGCUGCGGCUUGCGAGACUCUAGGUAUGCAAUAUAGUAAACUGUUCAGCUCGUAUUUUAUUGAUUACAAACAGGUUUUGAGAUAGACGAAGUUCGCAUGGGCUGAUAUACCGUAAAUCGCCUUAACAAACAUUCCACUCGGUCUGAAACCAGGGUUAUCGCAUAAGUAAUUUUAUCUCGCGAGCUCUGCGCAUCUUACAUUUGAAAUUUUUAAUAAAAACAAAAAAACCCUGAAAAUCUGCUUCGUAAACUUAUUUUGAACAGCUCUGCCUCUGAACGCUGUUUUGGAAGCUUUUGGCUCACAUUUUCUGGACUACUGUCUGCAGACCGGCUAUGAUCGGAUUCUGAAGGUGCUGGGAAGAAAUCUGAGAGAUUUCUUAUGUAACUUGGAUGCACUCCACGAUCAUCUCGCUACGAUUUACCCAGGAAUGGAAGCACCGUCGUUUCGCUGUACUGAGACGCCAGAUGGAACAUUGCUCCUCCACUACUACUCACGGAGGCAAGGGCUGGAGCACAUCGUUAUUGGAGUCGUUAAAGCGGUAGCGAAUAAAAUGCUUGACACCGAGGUGGAGGUGUGCGUGCAGCAAGCGCGCUCAGACGAACGUGGGCAUGUGGUGUUUUCAAUCAGAGAGACAGGCUGCACAAAUGCAACGCAAUCCAAGCUUGGGCUACAGGCCUUUGAUUUAGAAACCAUGGCAGAUAAUCAUAGUGCAAUGAUGUCAUUGGAUAGCGAAAACAUGGGCAAGAAACGGCGAGGAGGGCUCAGUUUGUUGUCAUUCUGCAAAGCUUUUCCAUUUCACGUGAUGUUCGAUCGUAAACUCAACAUCACGCAAACUGGGGUUGCCAUGAUGCGCCUUCUGGACAAACGGUUCACGACUGCUAAUUCAUUUUCGUUCAAGGAAAUUUUUGAACUGUCAAGACCGCGUAUGGAAUUUGCGUUUGAUUCUGUUCUUGCGCAUAUAAAUACAGUGUUUAUUGUAACAGUAAAACAGUCCGCGCUGCGAUUUGCGGCGGAUACAGUGUCCAACGUGUCAGGCAGUCCAGAAGAUCGGAGAAUGAGCAUCGCAAAUCCAUUAUUACGCCUCAAGGGUCAGAUGAUUUACGUUCCCAAGAACGACAGUAUUCUAUUUCUGUGUUCCCCUCGGGCAAAUGACUUAGACAGUUUUAAGAAUCUGGGUAUUUUUUUCAACGAUAUACCUGUUCACGACGCUACGCGUGACUUGAUUUUUAUGUCACAGGCGAGAAGAGCCGAGCGAGAAUUGGUGGAAAAGUUGGAAGAAACUAGCAACGACCUGAAGAAACUGGAAGUUAAACUGACGGAAAACAAAAAACGCACAGACGAAUUGCUGCAUUCUAUUCUGCCCCAAGAAGUCGCGGCUAAACUGCGGUUGAAUCAACCGGUGCCCGCGGAAAACUACAAGCUGGUCACGAUCCUUUUCAGCGACAUCGUCGGGUUUACAGCGCUAUGUUCCGACGACAAAAUUGUUCCCAUGGACAUCGUGCGGAUGCUGAACAAACUUUACACCUACUUUGACAUGUUGAGUGGGAUGAACGAUGUUUACAAGGUAAGAAUAAUAAACUUCUUUUUUGCCCUUUAAAUCUGCUUUUGUGUUUGUGGGAGAGAUGGUCUUUUGUGAUUGACAAGUGUUUACAAAACGCUGCAAAACUAAACCUGCGACUUUUUUUCACCGUUGGUGGCUCUGUUGUUUAUAAUAAACCUUCGAUCUCCGUUCAUCUCCUUUAGCGGGUUUAUAUUUUAUUAGCGAUGACAACGCUGAUCUCUAUGAGUCUCGCGCCUGAGAUGUAACUGUCACACACACGCGAAGAUAAUAUUUCUUUUAAAUUCUGUCAGUUCUUCUGCAAACAACUGUCUGUUCUCGUUGUUCGCACAUUUCUAUAGACGCGUCAAACAACAGAAAUCUGUCUCUUUUAUGCCUUUAUUGUCUGAAUCUUAUCGUUUAGCAUCUUAAUUCGUAUUUCUUUUCGCAUUACUAUCAAUAAUUAAUACUGAAAGGUUUGCCGCAGCAUUCAUUUUCAUCGACACAAUAUUCUUUUCUUAUCAUCUCUAUUUUUUGUCCAAACUUUUUAUGCAAAUAUCACCUCCCAUGAUAUUUGACUACUUUGACAGUCCCACUUCUUUGAGACGCUUUUGAGACUUCCUGGAUAAAAGCGUUUUAUUUGCCAUCUCUCUUCGGCUAUGACCCCACGUAACAAAUUAUUUCAUCUUCACGAUAAACUUAUAUUUUGGCAAUGGACUUCAGUUUGCAACGGCCAAAAAAGCUUAUUUUCUCUGUUGGAACUCUUCUGCAAUUUCGACUCCGGAUAUUUCCACCAGAACAAAAUUGUUUAUUUGCAAGAGGAAAGCAGAAAGAUUAAAAGCUUAAGGUUUAAAUCAAAACAAAGCACGCACAUACGGCAUUCAUUAAACCACAUUUUGAAUAGCAAUACGUAACCUACUAUUUCAAUAUAAGAGGGAUUUUUUUUCCCAUUUUCCACUUACGAAAUUUCUAAAGGCAAGUGGAAACGCUACACUGGAGAUCGAGUGAUAAAAAGUUUUCUUUAUUACCCUCCAAACGUCAAUCUCUGUUUUCGUCUUUUUUUUUCUUUUUUUUUUUUCCAAAAAAUUAAUAGCUUAUCAGCAUGGUUUUAAUGUCUACAAAAUUUACACUGAAAAGUCCAUAACAUUUUUUUGUCAUCAGUUAUUUUGACUAUUUUCGAAGGAAUAAUAUUUUUACGCUUCAAAUUAAUAAUGUUAUUUUUUUGUAUAUGAUAGUCUAAUCAUGGUUAGCGGUAAUAGAAAAUAAUAUGUCUUCCAUCUGUACCGAGAUAAUGUUUAAGAUUAAGAUUAUCAACGCACCCAUUGUCAAGUUUUGUCGAAUUUACGAAGGGCCUCUUUAUUAAACUAAUAAUUUUAUGCCAAUAUGUGCGAAGUUUUGGCGCCUAUUAAAAAAACUUCUCAUUUUUCAAUUCAAAUGUGUGGGAGUGUCUAUGAAAAGUAGACUCCAAUAGAUCUCAUUUUCAUCAGUUUUUCCGUUUAUUUUUAGUUUGCAGUUUAAAUUAUGAAUUUUGCAUGAACUGACAAAAUUUAUAGAUUAUUCAUAUGCGAAGUGACAAGAUAUUUCUUAAGGAGUUUGAACUGAGUCUAUAGUUCACAUUUUCUCGAUCACAUGGAGUGCUCAUAGCUUGGGAGUAAUCCGAGGAGAAAGAUCCAAGGUUUCUCAAGGGAAACGAAUAACUAACACUGAUAGAUUAAUCAAUAUAUUUUUCUUCGCGUGUUUUUGCGUUUCCGUGCUAUUUAUAACAAACAGACAACCUGCUGCCUACGGGCAAUUUUUUUUGUGUUUACAGUUAAUGCUUUAUUUAAAAAACUAAUCAUCGUAUUUUUUACGGGAACAUAGAACGUUGGCUGUAGGCGGUUAAUGGAGCAGACAACGAGUUCUGAGAGAUUUGAAUUUACCUCUGUAAUCAUUACGUGCUCUGAGCGAUAGGAUUUUUGCAGGAUACAAAAUCAGUAUUUAGAAUUAGCUAUGUCAUUUAUCUGAUCCGACAAAAUCAUCAUUUAAGACCUUAUUGGGUCCAUAGCCGCAUCUUAUCAAAGACGGUCAUCUCAUCAUGAGAUGCGGCAUUUUGGAGUGAAUUUGCAUGCGUUGAUUGCUAGGAUUCUGUAGCUUAUGAAUGAAAAUUGAUUGGAACCCAACAGAACUGAACGAGAGAAAAGAAAAACGACUCAAAUGCCCUUUAAACUACAAAGUUACAGUCAGUAUCUUAAAUCACUUCACUUCUAUCCUUUAUCAUCAAAAACGAUUUAAAUUUUUGGAGAAAAUGUGGUUUCAAUGUUUAUAAUCUGUAAUGCCUUUGAAGUUUCAGGGGUGUUUUAUUGCUUUAUCUGUAUAGCAAAAAAAAAAAAAAAAAACUGCCUAACUCAGCUAACUUCAGUCUGGCAAAAAAAGGAAAAGGAAAAUUAGAAAAACAUUUUUAAAAUUUAUCUCCAAUCAGAAUAGUCUUCCGCUCCUUGGCCUAGAUCCUUUCAAGAUUAAUUUUUAAUUUUUUUACCCCUAGGAUUGAAGAGGAGGUGUACUUAACAACUUACAGCCGAAACUAAAAUUAAAUUUUGCCUUUAUCACUUUUAUAAUACCGAUAAAAUUUGAAUUAUUCAUUUUGGCUUAAAAAGAACCAAAACGGGUCUUUCUCCAUGGACAAUCUAUGUGUAAACUAAAUAAUUUUAAAAACAAUGACUUUGAAAUAGCAUCCACCAAUUUUUUUCCCCCACAGGUGUUGGGAAUAAAAAUUGUUCUCUUCCUUCACUUUAAUUUUUGGAUUAUGACGAAGUUCGAUUCGUUUUCUUCAUGCUUUCAUGUAGUGUUGUUUUUUGUAUUGCCUUCGUUCUGUGCGUAAGAUAUUUCUAAGAGAUCACUCAAUGUUGAGUUAGGAAUAGGGUUGUUUAGUUUAGAGUCACACUUUCCUCCCAUUGUUCUCAGAUACGCAUAGGAUUAGGGUUUGAAAGUGCUUUUUCUUUAUUUAGCUUAGCAACCGUUGCAUUUAAAGAUUCGCCUGCCGCGGGGCUUAGCUGCAGCUUUCUUCUCUUAGCAGUUAUUAAAGCAAGAGUGGUAAUGUAUUCAUUCUCCAAGUUGUUUCUUCUCAUCACUUAGGUGGAGACAAUUGGUGACGCUUACAUGGUCGUUGGAGGUUUACCAAAGCCAUGUGACAAUCAUGCAGAGAAGGUAGCUCACAUGGCAUGCUCAAUGAUGGAAGCUUCUCGAAAGGUUUUGUCGCCUGUUGACAGAACUCCUCUCAAGGUAUUAGAUGUGAUUUGCACUAAUUACACAUAUGAUAAUUCAAGAGACAGAACUUUCGUUUCUUGAGCGGUUCCGAGAAAGAUGAGCAUAACUUCGGUACGCCCAAUGCGCCAUCCCGUAUUCCAAGGCGCACGACAUCUGGGUGUGGAGCAAGUACCCAUGGCUAGUGGCAAAUGGCAGGGAUGGGAUGGGAUGGGAUGGGAUGGGAUGGGAUGGGAUGGGAUGGGAUGGGAUGGGAUGCGAUGCGAUGCGAUGCGAUGCGAUGCGAUGGCAAAAAUUUGUGUGAUGACGACCCCCCUAUCUUUCUUCUUUGCUCGUAUUCACUGAAUAGGAGUCUGUCAUAUGUUAUAAAGUUUGCAGGCAGUCAUUAAUUUAGCACUACUGCGCAAGCAGCUAAGUUCGAGGGAGAGUCGUUGAAAGUGAACAAGGGGGAUGUCUGUUUAUCAAACAAGAGGUAGCCCUCCUGACCAUCCCCCCUACCCCACCCCCAGUUCAAUCCCACGGCAAGGUCAGCCGCGGCAAAUUGUGGUAACAUGGGAAUCACUGGGAACGUUUAUUUCUUUGGCAGAUUCGAAUCGGAAUUCACAGUGGGUCGGUUAUGGCUGGAGUUGUUGGCAAAAUGAUGCCCCGCUAUUGUUUGUUUGGAAGCACUGUCACACUGGCGAACAAGAUGGAAUCGGGAAGCAAACCAGGAUACAUAAACGUCAGCUACGAGACUAAACGGUGAGGAGAAAUAAGAGCUGACGAAAACAGCGGCAAAGGGACAAGUAGACCUGUAAUGAGAAUCAUGUUAUUCAUUAAAUUCCAAGAUUUCCGAUACUUAAAAACAAAGCUAUUCUGAAUGAUUGAUUGUCUGACGGAUGCAUUGAUAGACAAAGUAAUUGAUUUGUUAACUGCGCGACGGACUAAAUGACUGACUGAGAGGUUUAUUGGCGGACUGACUGAGCGACUGACUGACUAACUGUCUUACUGACAGACUGACUGACUGGCUGACUGACUGAAUGACUGACUGAUUGACUGAUUCGUUAGCUCACUGACUUGCUGGCUGGCUGUCUGAUUAACCUACUUGUUAGCUUACUGACUGACUGACUAACUGGCUGAUUGACUGACUGGCUGACUGGCUGACUGGCUGAUUGACUCACUGACUGACUGGCUGGUUGACUUACUUGCUAGCUUACUGACUUGUUGGCCGGCUGGCUGACUGACUCAUUGACCAAUCAACCGACUCGCUGACUGAUCGACAGACAUACUGAUUGAUUGAUUGAUUGACAGAUUAAGCGAUUUUUGUAACAUUCUGAGAAGGUGGACUCAAGCACUUAAAAUAUAUUAGCUAUAGAUGCUUUUCGUUUCCUUCUGUACAGCUUUCUCAAAGGUUCCUCUGAAUUCGAGUUCAUUCCUAACACGGAGAUCCCCAACCCACUACCAUGCUUCUUCCUGAUCAGGAGCAAGAACGCAAAACAACAACCGUCAAUUCUGGAUAUCGCUGCAUCCGUUGCACCGAACAACAUCUGCAUGUUUCGGUCCCCGAGGACUUCUCCGACGCACUCUCCAGCGAUGAAGCGAAGAAGUGAUACAGGACCUGCCGCUUACCGCUGUAGCUCCCCAGACGGCCCGCCCCAGCGAAGAAUCAGCUCGGUUGACUUCGCCUCCUCGGUUAACGAACGGCUGGAAAGUUUGAAAAAGGACCAAGGAAACAAGAACACUAAGAAACGGAGAAUAACGGUAACCUCUCUGUGUCCUGUGCGCAAAGCCAACAGCUUCAACAGAGACGACAGUAUUGACGAAGCUGCGGAUGAUGACGAGGAAAUAGAGGACAGUAAUCUUGACAUUAAAAACAUCAAUGGUGACGCUUCCCUGAUCGGAAUGGAUGAGGAGUCCUUGACGGAAUUGGUAGAGCUAAGCCAAAAAAUUGAGACUACGUUAUAACUGAGGCGUAUGGCUAGUACUCAGUCCCUUUCAUUAGGAGAAAUUAGGUUAGGGAACUAUUCGUCGUCUUCUGUGGAUGUAGACCUUUUUCUUUGAGAAAAUUAAGGUACAGAGGAAACGGGCUUUCCCCGCGUGGCCGCCAGCGGGGCUCCCAGGAAAUUACCCCUCCAAAUAGGAUGUAAAUACGAUUAGCUACCCAAGUUUUCAAGAUGAGGAAUAAGAAGUCAUUGUUUCCGAGUUGCAAGCACCAUUGAAGCAGUAUUUAUCCAUGAACUGAUCUAAGACUUCAGACACAAAGUCGCCAUUCUUUUUCAAAAAUUAUUAUUUUUUGAAUCAUUAGGUUUAUACAAGAGAUAAACGAACGAAAUGUUUAAAAAUUUAGCUGAAAAAUUUACAAUAAUCCACAUCUUUUCAUCAGCGUUAUGAAAAAAUUUCGAUACGUUGCUAAGCGACAAUUUGUGAGAUCACUUACGUUAUAUAAAAACUUACUAAAUACACUUAAAAAAAGACCUAAAUAAUUUCUCUGCAUCAUUGAAGAAUCGAAGUUUUGGAGCACCUUGACAGAUCUUCUGAAACCUUUAUUUGGCAGUUAUUUUGGUUGCCAUACAGUUUCUUCUAAUUUAUCGGCGAAUUUGGUGUUGUGUAUAAAUAUGUCUUUUCUCAUCACCUUUUUGGUGGAAGUUGUAUUCAAAUUGUGAGGAGAAGCUAAUUUUCAAUCAUUUCUUGGAGUGUAAGGAAUAUAAGUAAUAUAAGAUUACUCCUGACCAGAGUCAUAUGUAAUUUACGCAGUGUAAAUAACACUCGAAUCUAAGGUCCCUGCAGAUGUAUCUUAGGAAUAUAAAAAUGGCUAGAGCUAUAUUUUUUAACUGCCACAGAUUUAGCGUACAAUUAUUUCAUUCAGUUGUUGCCUAAGUAUGUGAAUAUAUGAUUCCUUCUCUCGUUCAGAAUCCUUUAAAGAUACUUUAAAUGAAAAGCAAAUCAACACUUGUGUGACAAUGUUAACAGGAACCCGUUUUCGCGGGCUUGUGAAAUCUCAAACUUUGAAAAAACUGAAAACAUUGAACCUUCAUUUAAAUAACAAUAUCAUAACGAAACUUGUGACUGAUGUUUCUUUCUUUUUUGUUAUUUAUUCUGUUAUAAGAGCGCUUUUCGAUUGAAUGUCGUAAAAACCAAAACGAAAAUAAUCACAACUGCCAAUCAACCAAUAAGAACUUGAAGAAUAAACAAACAAACCGCCUAAAGCGCGGGAAAAACGCGGGCAACCAAGUCGUGAUUGGUGUUCAAACCGCCUAAAGUGCGGGCAAAACGCGGGCAACCAAGUCAUGAUUGGUGUUAUUUUUACAUCUGAUUGAUUGAGAGAGUGGUGAUUUACAAAGCAUAGUAAGCAAGAACAAUGCAAUGUCAGAUUAAUAUCGACGCUAAUGAGAAAAUUGCUCUCUUAGAGUAGGUUGGAUAAGCAAGCCUGUACUAAUGCAUAAUCCUGACCUCACGCUUGAUCAAUAACUUAUUUUUCUCAAUAAACUUUGAACCAGCC